AUGGCCAACGACGCACUGAGCCGUGUCGUCGGGCGCCUGCAAUCGCUGCCGUCGAUCUCGCUGCCAACGGACUACCCGCGCCCGUCCGGCUCGCAGCGCACGGUCGAAGCGGCCUACAGCGCGGAAUUAUCCGAACAGACUUCAUUGGGCCUGCUCAAGCUCGCAUUAUACUCCGAAUCCGACGAGGAAGACGAAGAGGCCGAAGACGGGAACACGCAGAAGCGGCCGAGCGCGUUCCACCUGCUGCUCUCGGCGUUCUCCGUCCUCCUCCACCGCUACACGGGCGACACAGAUCUCGUGAUCGCGUCCUCGUCCGCCUCCUCGCCCGAACCUCUACUCCUGCGAUUAUCUGUGGACCCGAACGACCCGUUCUGGGCCAUCGUGCGGCGCGUGCAGCAGGUCGAGUCCGAAGCCGAGACCGACGCCGUGCCGUACGAGUCCAUCCUCCGCGCUUUAGGAAAGGACAAGGACGCAGACACGGUCGAGGGCUCGCGCCCGCUCUUCCGCGUGCGCUUCUUCGACGAGACGGACAUCGGCGAGCAGGAGACGUUCGUCCGCAACACCUCGGCAACCUCCGACCUGACCGUCUUCGUCCAGCGCCCGCCCGCGUCCUCCCACGCCUCGCUCGCCCCGCGCAUCGCCCUCCGCAUCAUAUACAACUCUUUAUUGUUCACCCACGCGCGCAUCGAACACAUCGUCGACCAGCUCUCGGUUUUCUUGAGGAAGGUCGCGGGCGGCCCGGUGCUGCCGGUGGGCAGUGUGCCGCUUUUGACGCCGAAGCAGAGGAAGCGCCUGCCGGACCCGACGGCCGAUCUGGACUGGUGCGGCUGGAAGGGCGCCAUCCCCGACAUCUUCUCCCGCAACGCCCGCGCGCAUCCCGCGCGGCCGUGCGUCGUCCAGAACGUGCCGGCGGCAAGUCUGGACGCGCCGCAGGAACGGCGGGUGUACAGCUACGGCGCCAUCCUGCGCGCGUCGAACGUGCUGGCGCAUUACCUGCUGCAGGGCGGGAUACGGCGCGAAGAUGUCGUGAUGGUGUAUGCGCAUAGGAGCGUGGAUCUGGUCGUGGCUGUUAUGGCUGUCCUGAAAGCGGGCGCGACGUUCAGCGUCAUCGACCCCGCGUACCCGCCCAACAGACAGAUGAUAUACCUGCGCGUCGCCCAGCCGCGCGGGCUCAUCGUGCUCAAAGGCGCGGGGACCAUCAGCCCCUCCGUGCGCGAGUUCAUCAACACUGAGCUGCAAGUCGCCGUUGAAGUCCCCGCGCUCGAGCUGCUGCCUGACGGCGGGAUCGUCGCUGAGAACGAUGUGUUAGGGCCGUUGGCGGAUAAGGCGGAUGUGGACCCGGAUGUGGUGCUGGGCCCGGACAGUAUCGGGACGUUGAGCUUUACGAGCGGGAGUACGGGUAUUCCGAAGGGUGUAAGGGGGCGGCAUUAUAGUCUUACGCAUUUCUUUCCCUGGAUGGGCGAGCGGUUCGAGCUGGGCCCGCAGAGCAAGUUUACGAUGUUGAGCGGGAUCGCGCAUGAUCCUAUUCAGCGCGACAUGUUCACGCCUCUAUUCUUCGGCGCCGAGCUGCACGUCCCGACCUCAGACGACAUCGGCACGCCCGGCCGCCUCGCCGAAUGGAUGGCCUCGUCCUCAAUAACAGUAACCCACCUAACACCCGCCAUGGGCCAGCUCCUCUCAGCCCAAGCCACCGCGCGCAUCCCCUCCCUCCUCAACGCCUUCUUCGUCGGCGACGUCCUCACAAAGCGCGACUGCACGCGCCUCCAGGCCCUCGCGCCGAACGUGCGCAUCAUAAACAUGUACGGCACGACCGAGACGCAGCGCGCGGUCAGCUACUUCGAGAUUCCGGCCGUUAGUGCGGAUGCGACGUUUUUGGCGACGCAGAAGGAUAUUAUGCCGGCGGGAGAGGGGAUGGUCGAUGUGCAGCUACUCGUCGUGAAUCGCAAUGAUCGGAACGUGCCGUGUGCGGUGGGCGAGGUCGGCGAGAUAUAUGUCCGGAGCGGGGGGCUGGCGGAGGGGUACUUGGACCAGGACGCCACGGCGGAGAAGUUCGUGAGGAACUGGUUCUCCAGCGACGAGACGUUGCCCGCCGACACGCUCGUAGGUCCGCCGGCUCGGCACUGGAAAGGCGUGCGCGACCGGAUGUACAGGUCCGGCGAUCUCGGGCGCUACAUGCCCGACGGGAUCGUCGAGUGCACGGGGCGCGCGGACGACCAGGUCAAGAUCCGCGGCUUCAGGAUCGAGCUGGGCGAGAUCGACACGCAUCUGAGCCGGCACCCGCUCGUGCGGGAGAACGUGACGCUCGUAAGGAGGGACAAGGACGAGGAGAAGAUACUCGUGUCGUACUUCGUGCCGCUCGAGGGCGGGGAGCUCGAGGCGUAUGCGAGCGAUCUGGGCGGGGAGGAGGAGGGCGGCGUUGUGGGCGGGAUUAGGAAGUAUAGGAGGUUGAUCAGGGAUGUGAGGGAGUAUUUGAAGAAGAAGCUGCCGAGCUAUAGUGUGCCGACGCUGUUCGUCCCGCUCAAACGCAUGCCCCUAAACCCCAACGGCAAGAUCGACAAACCGGCCCUCCCCUUCCCCGACACAGCAGCAGCCGCAUCCCUAUCCACCUCGUCCACCACCACCCAGUCGAAGCUCAACCUCACGCCCACAGAAGACCGCGUCGCAGCCAUCUGGGCCUCCAUCCUGCCCAACGCGCCCCAGCCCAUCCCGCUCGACGAGUCCUUCUUCGACCUCGGCGGCCACUCGAUCCUCGCCACGCGGCUGGUGUUCGAGCUGCGCAAGGCGUUCGUGGUGGACGCCCCGCUCGGGUUGGUGUUCGAUCAGCCGAGUAUUAAGGGGCUGGCGGGCGCGAUUGAUGCGCUGCGGAACGCCGAUUUGGGACUGAAUAGCGGGGAGGCGUCGGCUUCGGCGAAUGAGGGCAAGGCGGCGGAUUAUGCGGGCGAUUAUGAGAAGCUUGUGGGACAGCUGCGCGAGAGAUAUCCGUCUGCGACGAGCGGUGAGGGCCCGAGCACGGUGUUCCUUACGGGUGCUACUGGGUUCCUUGGUGCGUUUGUUCUGAAGGAUCUGUUGAGCCGUACGGAGAAGGUUGCGAAGGUCAUCUGUUUGGUUCGGGCGUCGAGCGAUGAGCAGGCGCUGGAGAGGCUGAGGCAGGGCGCGCGCGACCGCGGGGUAUGGGACGAGCGCUGGGUCUCGCAAGGACGCGUCGAAGUCGUCCGCGGCGACCUCGACCAGCCGAAGUUCGGGCUGGACGCGCAGACGUGGGACCGCGUCGCGCGGGAGUGCGGCGCGGUGCUGCACAACGGCGCGCUCGUGCACUGGGUGUACCCGUACGAGAAGCUGCGCGCCGUGAACGUCCUCGGCACGCUCACGGCCGUCGAGCUCGCGGCUACGGGCACGCCCAAGCUCCUCUCGUUCGUGUCCAGCACGAGCGCGCUCGACACGGAGCAUUACGUCCGUCUUGCCGAUACCCUUCAGGCCGGCGUACCCGAAUCGGACGAUCUGGAGGGCGCACGCCACACGCUCAAGACCGGGUACGGCCAGUCGAAAUGGGUCGCCGAGAAGCUUCUAUUCGAGUGCGGGAGGCGCGGGUUGCGCGGCGCGAUAGUGCGGCCGGGGUAUGUGGUAGGCGACUCGACGAGCGCGGUGACGAACACGGACGAUUUCGUGUGGCGGUUGGUGAAGGGGUGCGUGCAGCUGGGCCUGGUGCCGGACAUGGUGAACACGAUCAAUAUGGUGCCGGUGGACCAUGUGGCAAGGUGUGUGGGCGUUGCGGCGGUCGCGCCGGGCGAGGAGGCGCGGAUGAGGGUCGCGCAUGUGCAUGCGAGCCCGCUGCCGACGUUCAAUGGGAUGUUCGAUGCGCUUGAGAGACAUGGGUGGAGUGUGGAGCGGUGCGAGUAUGUUGUUUGGAGGAGGAGGCUCGAGCAGCAUGUCUUGGAGUCGCAGGAUAACGCGCUCUUCCCCUUACUGCACUUCGUCCUGGACGACCUCCCCACAAGUACCAAAGCACCCGCGCUGGACGACACGUACAUGAGGGAGGUGUUGAGAGCGCAGGGCGAGCCGGAAAGAGGGAGCGUGGGCGAAGAGGAGAUGGGGAGGUACCUGGCGUGGCUUGUGCGGGCGGGGUUCUUGAGCGCGCCUUCGGGCACAGCGGUGAAGCCUUUGCCGGCGCUGGAGGAGGGAGGCGCGACGAGGGCUGUUGGGCGCAGCGGGGCUUGA